ACCUGUCAUCCACUUGCAACAAUCAGCAUAUUACACAAGGGCUCAAAUGCAGAGAACAGCAGAGGCUUGUGGAGACAUGUCUGAGCUUAAACCGUAAUUUUCUCUGCAGAUGCUUUAAAUGGGUAUUGAUACUAGUAGACACAUACGUGCUUAGCAGUAGAUAUCUUAAAACACUAAAAAUUACAAAGUUCUUGAAAACCCCGGCUCAUCAGGGUGCUGCUUUUAAGCUGGAAGACUGUUAACUGGGAUUUUAAAGGGAGAUUGGUGGGAAACCAUUUAUUCUCAGAUGAAAAGUUUCAAAAACAGAAGCUUUACAGACAAUUUUGGAGAAAUUUUCUUGCAAUGUAAAUUGUGUAAGUAUUUUUUCUUUUUUUUUCCAGAAGGUCUAGACUGAGAGGAAUGUUUGGAAAUAGGGUGAGUUGAUGUUUACAGUUCUCGCUUUCAUUCAGUGCACCCUCCACAAGGAGGUCCAGCGGGGCAGGUCACGGGUGGUGGAACGGCAGUGGUUAAUACCGGGCCUGAUAAUGCCGGUUCUUAGCGGGUCCGUGGCGGGAGGCCGAGGAAGGAGCUCUGGUUAUUUAAACCGCCAGGAUGGGGGGUCUGUAAUUAUACGGGCUGUUUGCUGGAGCUCUCCCUUGGGCCAGCCGCUACGACGGCUGUGGCGCUGGCCGGGAGCACACCAGCCCGACCCUUCGAGGAGCCGGGUGCCCGCGGCGGCUGCCGGCAGGGCCAAGAGCGGCGCGGACUGGGCCUCCCGCGUCCCGCUUGGAGCCUGCCUGGCCCCGGGCACAGGCACACCGCCGCGGCUGUCGGUGUGAGAGCGGGGGACGUCAGUGGGAGGGGGCCGGACCUGGGCAGGGCAGGGCGGCCGCGUCCCAUCCCUCCCCGCCCCUCGCCGCGUCUCCCUCUCUCGCUCACUCCCUUCCUCCGGCUGGGGGCGGGCGGGUCGGCGGUUGCCGGGAUUCAACUCUUGCUCCCUCGGUGCAUGGUCGUGGCGGGAGCGGAGGAGGGUGAGCCCGGCGGGGCGCGGGCCGGAGGCUGCGGCGGGAGCAAAGCCCCAACGCGGAGGAACCGCCACUGCCCGGCCGAGAACAGACACCUGGUAGAACCUGAACAUCAUUCUGUGUAGGCAAGUCCAAGUAAUUCAGAAUUUAUAAGAAAAUUUCAAAGGUAUUGCCAAGCAUCUGAAUUAGUUGACCAAGACCUAAGGAUUUGGAACACUGGUGUGUGAUGUCAAACAGUGGGCAGUCCUUGCAGCCUCCCCCGCCAGCCUGCAACAUCAUGUGCCAGUAUGAAUAUUAAGAAAGAAGAGUGUACUUCAGAGCUCAGCAUCCCAGAAAGAAAAAAGGAGGAACAGAAAGAACAAAUAACUGCACUGCUUGCAAAACUUGGGGCCGUUUACUUUUUCUUCUGAGAAGUAUCAUCUAGGCAUCUCUGAGACAGCUGAAAAAGCAGGCAGAACAGUUACUGCGAUUUUCUUAGAGUCCUUUUUUUCUUUUUUUAACUUAAAUUUUUCCUCCCCUUGUGCCUGGAUUUUAAGACCAUCAGCUGCACUGAUCACAGGCACUGGACACCAAUAUGUGUCAUGUCAUUGUAACGUGUCGGUCAAUGCUGUGGACUCUCCUGAGUAUUGUGGUGGCUUUUGCAGAGCUCAUAGCUUUCAUGAGCGCAGACUGGCUGAUCGGCAAAGCAAAGCCUUCAAGCUCUGAGGAUGUGGACAACAGAACAGGGGGGUCACAGGAACCUUACCGUCCGACUCUGGGCAUCUAUGGGCGCUGCACCAGAAUCUCCCACAUGCAGUUUUCUAGACGAGACACACUUUGUGGUCCUUACGCCGAAAACUUCAAUGAGAUUGCCAGUGGGUUCUGGCAGGCAACUGCUAUUUUCCUAGCUGUGGGAAUCAUGAUUCUCUGUGCCGUGGCAUUUGUGUCUGUCUUUACUAUGUGUGUGCAGAGUAUUAUGAAGAAAAGCAUUUUUAAUGUCUGUGGGCUGCUACAAGGGAUUGCAGGCCUCUUCCUUAUUUUAGGUUUGAUAAUUUACCCUGCAGGUUGGGGAUGCCAGAAAGCAAUAAGCUAUUGUGGACCUUAUGCUUCUGCUUACAAACUAGGAGACUGCUCCGUGGGCUGGGCUUUCUACACAGCUAUUGGUGGCACUAUUCUGACGUUCAUCUGUGCAGUCUUCUCGGCGCAAGCUGAAAUAGCCACGUCCAGUGACAAAGUGCAAGAAGAAAUAGAAGAAGGAAAAAACCUUAUCUGCCUCCUUUAACUCCAGUGGGGAAAAGAUACCAGUGCCUGGAUCUUAAUCUGCUUUCCAUUGACUGGUCAAGCAGAUCCACUUACUUUUUUCUACCAUUUGUGUGAUUGAGCCCCAUGCAUUCCAGCCCCGAACUACUGAAAUGGUCUUUCUCCCUUGCUCAGCAAUGAGGAUCAGGGAAAGAAUCCCAAGAAAGCAGAAUGUAAAUAUUGGGGAUUUUUUUUAGUUUCAUUCUAUGAUCAGGACACAGUGGAAUACAGUAAUCUGACUGGGAGGUGAGGAAUCAUGUAUAUAGCAGGAAUGUUGCUGUUAUAACUGACAAAUUCUGAUUGAUCGGAUUGCCUUACCCACCUUGUCCACUUUGAGGAAUUUGGAUUUAAAAUAAUAAAAGCCAGCACAUU